ACGUAAUACCUGCCCGAAUGCGUUGCCUCGUGCUUGCAAAGUCGUAUUGCCGGAUGUUUGGCAAAGUCUUCAAAUUUUCAAGCUGCUGUCGAAAAAUCAAUUAUAUCCACGAAUACACACAACCACUCCAAGACGUGCAUCAAAGAAAAACGAGGAAAAUCACAAUGCCGACUUUGUCGUCCUGCUGGAAUCCACGACCAAAGAGCGCAACCACUGCACAUAAGUAAGGUGUAUGCUCAGGAAAAGUGCUGACGGUUGACCUUGAAAAAAAGCUGGAUGCUGGCUACGACCCAGGCCAACAUAAAAUUCUUCGACCCUAUAUUUGCGGUCCAAUUGUGUGGGAACAAACCAGACCACAAUAGGAUGGUAUGUUCAAUGAAACUAAAACGCUACUAUCUGGUUUGACAGCAUCACAUUGCAACUCGAGCGUGAUGAAUGGCGAUAUGGUGGACGAGUAUCAACAGAACUAUAUGACCAAAGAGGGUGCUGGAUUGAAGAAUGCAGCAGCAGUCAUGUUGACGGCCUUAGAGGACGCAAUUAAGCAUCCGAGUGUUGCUGCAGAUAGUGGUGCCCCAAUACGACAGGCCCAGUACUUAGCGACACGAACCGUGAAUGAGUUUGGCGGUGCACACGAGUGGCCAUUAUCUUUGAUGAUAUACGCCUUGCUUGGGCAUAAGUCGUAUGUAUCAUCAGAGGCCUUUUGGUAUUUAUUUCCACAUGGAUUUAUUGACGAACUACGCCAGUCCGAAGAAGACGAUUGUGGGGACGUAGCUACAAAUGAGUGUGAUUCCAAAUCAAAUAGUGAAAAUGAAAGCAUGGAUGGAGAUAUGGAAGACGAUGAUUUCGUGGAUAUUGAAAAAGAGCUUUCUAAUGUCCUUGUACAUCAAGCCAUUGAAGAACUAGCUGAUUUUGCCAACUCAGAAAAUUUGUCCAUGCUGAGUUCUUCACUAUGCGACCGUCAUACUACUGGUGGAGCUCGAUCAUACAAGAUCGAUGGAAAAAUAUUUUUUAUCACCCAGGUGGAAUCUUACAAGUAUCGUGACAUUUAUUUUGUGGACUACUCGCCUGUUGAAUUUGUGUAA